GAGAGAGAGAGAGAGAGAGAGAGAGAGAGAGAGAAAUCCUGCUGUCCACUGGACAUGUGCACGCGCAAUAGGAUAGGAUACUUCGGGGCCGCGUCCAGGGGACACUUCUGACAUUCCGCCUCUCUUCCGGAAUUUCUCAGAGUUAACAGUCUCGAAAUGCUUUGCUCCGCGAUUUGGCGAAAGAGAAAAAUCUCAGUUUCUGUGACAGAGAAGAGUGAAAUGUAAAAAAAUGGAGUCUUGGGUACCUCUAUUCGACAUUUUCUUGAACUCCCCAUGUCCUGAAACAGAAGCCUCUCUAUGGCUACAACAAUCUUUCAACCCCUCAUCCACCACCACCAUCUCCACAAACUCCUUCCUUUCAUUGGUCACAAAACCCACUGACGCCAUUAUUGUCCACUCUUCGUUUCCUUCAAAAUCUCCUCACACAAAGAGGGUAAUGUGGAUUCGGACACUGCCAAAUGCAGUUCAAGCACGAAUCCUAUCGUUUCUUGCAUUCGAGCACCGGAGGUUUGGCACGCGAGACUUGUCUAAACUUGCCCGGGAUAUGUUGAGUGAGAGUGAUGAACUGGAUUUUUGGGUAAAGAGAGCUGCACGCCAACUGCUUGACGUAGUAUCUGACUCCAAUUAUGAGUGGGUAUCUUGUUUGAAUUUGGAUUCAGAACAAGAAAAAGUGGAUGAUGAUUUUGGGUCAUUGCCAGAUUGGCUUAAGGAUGCGGCAUAUACCAGUGACUUGGUUCUUCCAUGGCUUCCUAUAUCCCCUGAUCGAUUAAAUUUGAGAAUGCCAUUUAGUAGUAGUGGUGGGAAUGAGGAUUUGUUGAUUGAAGUUGAAGAGGAUGAACAAGAGUUCAGAUGAAGUUAUGACAGACGUUGAUGUUGUCAAUCCAAAAAAUGAUCCUAUACACCCUGAAGUUGAAAAGAAGGCUAGUAGUUUGAAAGCCGUGUAUUAAAUUUUGAAUCUACUUCUAAAACUGUUGAAUUGGCUGAUGAAAUUUGAUAACUAGUGUAGAAAGAGGAGGAGAUUCUUUGGAAAUUUUGGGUUUGAUUGAGCCUUGGAAAGUGGAUGAUGAGAUAACUUUCAUUUUGAUUUCUCAGCUUUCAAGUGGAAAUCAAGAAGAACUCAGCUGGCCAAGUCAUGUUCUAUGCUCAAUUAUGCUUCCCAAGCUUUUGGCACUUGAGGAACCACUGAACCCGCUUCUCGUCUACUUGUGGUUGCUACAAUAGAAUACCGCAAGCUUCAUCAGAGGCCUGCAGUGUAUGCUCUGUUGCAUCCAUUUACUCUCCAAACGAAGGGUGUUAACACUCAUAUUUGUAAGGUGAUGACGAGAAUCAUCAAAGAAUGCUUGCACCCUGCUUAUGUUUCUGCCUUCUGCCAAAAACUAAUAUGUGGAGGAGAAGAUGUGCGGAAAUUCAUUUGCCUUCCCUGCCACCAAUGCCUGAUUAGGCCGAUAUCAAAUGAACUGGAAUGAGUCUGAUCUUUAACAUGCAAAGAUGAUGUGGAAUUUCACUCAAUCAG